CUUUCUCUCUUUCUCAAAUCAAUAAAUUAAAAAAUUUUUUAAUUAAAAAUUUGUGGUUGUCAUAUGUAACAAUUGUCAAUGUAACAAUAUUUUGGUCAAAAUGUGGUGGAAUAUUAGUAGUCUUUAAGGGACUAGCACAAACUUUUGUUAGACUACAUAAUUUUGAGAAUUUAUGGAUAUUUCCAAAUUGUAUGGUUUAUGGAGUGUUUAGUCAAAAUUCUUAGAAAGUGGUAUGUAAGAAAUAGUUUUUAAUAUCAUUAGUGUUAUGAAUAGCAUUAAUGUGAAAUAACACUGCCAAUGUAAAAUACAUUUUUUAAAAAUGUAUACCUUAUUUGUAGAAUCAUUAUAGCCUGGUUGUUAUUAUGUUCUUUAUUUUUUAUAAUAUAUCAUUUUGUUUAGGGGUGAGUCAGGGCAUUUUGCCAUUUAAUGAAAAACACUUUAGACCACUCUGAAUUAUUUAAAUUACUAUUCAAAAGAGCAUAGCUUCUUGGGAACAUGGUGUCUCAUAUAAUGAAUUAAGAUCCCAGCAAAAAAGUGGGCUUUUAUGUUAGGAAGAGAAUCCAUCUGUCAAAAAUUUAAAAUUAAUUAUAAUUUAUUCCUUGAUCUAUUCAACAAAUAUUUGUUGAGCAUCUGCCCUGUGCCAGGGACUAGCUGUUGAGGGAUAUCGAAGUACACAAAACAAAGUUCUUGAACUCAAGUGUGACACAGAAAAGAAAUAAGUAAACAUGAACAUGUAUGCUGGAUAAGAUGGUGGUCAACGCUAAGAAGAUGAGGCAGGCUGAGAGCUAUAGAAGUGCUCUCAUGUGCAUUUUCCCAUAGUUUAAAAGUUUCGUAAAAUCAUAACUCUCUGACUUUAGAUAGAAAAGAUAUGUAAACUGCAAUUAAGUACUAGUAGCUUUUUCCUUGAUGUGAUUCAACCAGCAAGAAUUACAGUUCUGGCACAUAGGCUGCCUAGAAUUUGAAAGAAAAUCUGGAGGAAUUUGUCCUUUUUUGCUGAGAGAAUUUUAAGAAAUCACACAGCUUUAAUCUUAUCUUUACAAGAUGACCAAUUAUUAUUGUGUUCUUUCACUUUCAGUUCUCAGAGCACCCAACCAGACUACAGGUUCUAGAAGAUAGAAACCAAGUCUGGGUUGUUUACUAAUGUAUUUCAGAACUUAGUACAUAGAUUUCAAUACUACAUUUUUGAAUGAAGGAAUAAAUAAUUUUAAUUGCAUGGUUUUCUGAUUACAUCAUGUUCAGAAAACAUUUCCAAACUCCUAAUAGAUUACUGGUAUUACUAGAUAGAUAGAGUAUUGGGAUUACUAGAUUAUUACAGAUACAUAAAAAUAAAUACAAUUGUAGCAAUUCUUUUCGAAGACAACGCAUGGUGGCGCUGCAGGCUAAGGCGUUAAAAAAAAGGCCCAGCAAAUUCAACUAACUCAACCUCGGAUCUCUAGCGGAGGAGAAAAGCCUGAAAGCGAGCUGAGGACUAGCGCGUCUCUAGAGAAUGCUGCUAGCCCACAUUUCCGGACAGGUUACCGGCUGAGAUCCAUCACUGUCUCAGUCCCGUUGCUCCCUAAGGUCGAGCUGGGCCCGGUGUUUGUGGGAUAAAGAUGGAGGUCCGAGGGGAGCGCUUUCCUAAACAAAGGCAAGUCCUGAUUCUCUUUCUUUUGGUGGGAGGGGCUCUGGCGGGCUGGGAGUCCCGCCGCUACGCGGUGUUGGAGGAAGCGGAGAGCGGCUCCUUUGUGGCCAACCUAGCCAAGGACCUGGGGCUGGGAGCGGGAGAGCUGGCUGCGCGGGGAGCCCGGGUGGUCACUGAGGAUAACGAACCCCGGCUGCAGCUUGAUCUGCAGACCGGGGACUUGAUAUUAAAUGAGAAACUGGACCGGGAGGAGCUGUGCGGCCCCACUGAUCCAUGUGUAAUGCAUUUCCAAGUGUUACUGAAAAAACCAUUGGGAGUAUUUCGAGCUGAGCUACUAGUGAGAGACAUAAAUGACCAUUCUCCUGAGUUCCCUGAAAGAGAAAUGACGCUGAAAAUCCCAGAGACUAGCCCUCCUGGGACCGUGUUUCCUCUGCAAAAAGCCCAGGAUUUGGACGUGGGCAACAACAACAUCCAAAACUACAGCAUUGGUCCCAACUCUCAUUUCCAUGUUUCCACCCGCAACCUGGGGGACGGCAGGAAAUACCCAGAGUUGGUGCUGGACAAAGAACUGGACCGUGAGGAGCAGGCCCAGCUCAGACUAACCCUCACAGCGCUGGACGGCGGCUCUCCACCCCUGUCUGGCACCGCCCAGGUCCACAUCUUGGUCUUGGACGUCAAUGACAACGCCCCUGAGUUUGCGCAGAGGCUCUACCAGGUGCAGGUCCCAGAGAACAGCCCUGCAGGUUCCCUAGUUGUCAAGGUUUCUGCUAGAGAUUUAGACACUGGGACAAACGGAGAGAUCUCAUACUCCCUUUCUUAUAGUUCUCAGGAAAUAAGCACAACUUUUGAAGUAAACAGCCUUUCAGGAGAAGUUCGACUAAUCAAAAAACUAGAUUUUGAGACACGAUCCUCCUAUGAGCUGGAUAUAGAUGCCUCAGAUGGCGGGGGACUUUCUGGAAAGUGCUCAGUCUCCAUUGAGGUGCUAGAUGUUAAUGAUAACUCCCCGGAACUAACUAUUUCAUCACUUACCAGCCCCAUUCCUGAAAAUUCCCCCGAAACAGAAGUGGCCCUGUUUAAGAUUCGAGACCGAGACUCAGGGAACAACGGAAAGAUGACUUGCUCCAUCCAAGAUGAUCUUCCCUUCCUCCUGCAACCAACUGACGAGAAUUUCUACACCCUGGUAACAAACGGGGCCCUGGACAGAGAGCGCCAGGCCGAGUACAACGUCACCAUCACCGUCACCGACAUGGGGACCCCCAGGCUGACAACCCAGCACCACAUAACCGUGCUGGUCUCCGACGUCAACGACAACGCCCCCGCCUUCACCCAAACCUCCUACACCCUCUUCGUCCCCGAGAACAACAGCCCCGCCCUGCACAUCGGCAGCGUCAGCGCCACCGACGCCGACGCGGGCGCCAACGCCCAGCUCACCUACUCGCUGCUGCCGCCCCCGGACCCCGGCCUGCCGCUGGCCUCGCUGGUGUCGGUCAACGCCGACAACGGCCACCUGUUCGCCCUGCGGGCGCUGGACUACGAGGCCCUGCAGGCCUUCGAGUUCCGCGUGCGCGCCACCGACCGCGGGGCGCCGGCGCUGAGCGGCCAGGCGCUGGUGCGCGUGCGCGUGCUGGACGCCAACGACAACGCGCCCUUCGUGCUGUACCCGCCGCAGAACGGCUCUGCGCCCUGCACCGAGCUGGUGCCCAGGGCGGCCGAGCCCGGCUACCUGGUGGGCAAGGUGGUGGCGGUGGACGGCGACUCGGGCCAGAACGCCUGGCUGUCCUACCAGCUGCUCAGGGCCACGGAGCCCGGGCUGUUCGGCGUGUGGGCGCACAACGGCGAGGUGCGCACGGCGCGGCCGCUGAGCGAGCGCGACGCGCCCCGCCACCGGCUGCUGGUGCUGGUCAAGGACAACGGCGAGCCGCCGCUGUCGGCCAGCGUCACGCUGCACGUGCUGCUGGUGGACGGCUUCUCGCAGCCCUACCUGCCCGCGCGCGACGCGGCGGCCGACGCGGCCCCGGCCGACCCGCUCACCGUCUACCUGGUGGUCGCGCUGGCGGCGGUGUCGUCGCUCUUCCUGUUCUCGCUGCUGGCGCUCGUGGCGGUGCGGCUGUGCCGGCGGAGCGGGGCCGCCUGGGCGGGGGGCUGCGCGGCGCCCGAGGGCCGCUUUCCGGGCCCCCUGGUGGAUGUCAGCGGCGCGGGGACCCUGUCCCAGAGCUACCAGUACGAGGUAUUAUCCAAGGACAGUACUCUGAGUUACUGUGGCUGAGUUCAGAUCUUCAUGCAAUUUGGCUAAUACAAACAUAUACAGA